UCAUCCGCUUGGAGCCAAGGGAAUUGAACUGGUGCAUACGAAUUUAACUACCUGAACGGUCAUUACAUUAAAAAGAGUAACAGAUGUUAUCCGACCAGAUGUUACUUGUUUUCUCUUUCAUUCCAAUUUGAGCGCAACCUAUAAAUUAUUCCCGAGGAACUCCACAACACGUGUCCGCGGAAUUGAUUGGAAUAUUCAGAGCCCAGAUUGCAGUUUUUCUUUUUCUUCUUCUUUCAAGUACUUUUAAUCUUUUCCUAAAAUUGUCCGUUUUGAAACGCGAAGUGGCUCCACAGUGGUGUUGCGGCUCCUCUUCCGCGGCGGAUCCGGAGACCGGAGUCUCUGCAGCGGGAGGAGGCGGCGGUGGUGGUGGACCCCCGACUGCGCCGCAGGGUCCCAAAACCGGCCGCGUUAGAAGGAUGGUUAGGUUGGCGGCAGAGUUGCUUCUGCUAUUGGGACUUAUCCUCUUAACUUUGCACAUCACGGUGCUACGGAGCAGUCCGCUGCCACAGGGGAAUGCCACAUUGGACGACACGCAGAUUCCGUCGGUCGCCGAGAGUGAUGUCAGCGUGGGGGGAAGCUCCUCCCCCUCGGUGGAUCGGCGGACAGACAUUGGUGGGACUCUCCAGAGGGAUGGGCCCGGGACCUUCCUCCUGGACCUGCACAAGUUCCCUGACCUCGCCAAGGCCGACAUGAACCGGCAGAACCCCAACAUCCAGGUCACCAUCGAGGUGGUGGACGGGCGGGAGGGGGCGGAGCCUGAGCAGAAGGAGAGUAAACCAGGGCGGGGCUCGUCCGGCUGGCGGGACUGGUGGAGCCGAUCUUCGCCCGCGGUUGCCGGGGGCAACGCCGGCGGUAACCCCGACGACAGCAACUUCCUCAAACCGGAGUGGGAGCGGCGAGGGGGCGGGGCCACGCAGAGAGGCGGGUUUGAGAGCAAGAAGCAGACGGAAUAUGACUACAUGGACGGAGAGGGGGACUGGAGCAGCUGGUCGGCGUGCAGCGUCUCCUGUGGCCACGGCAACCAGAAGCGCACCAGGUCGUGCGGCUACGCCUGCACGGCGACCGAGUCUCGCACCUGCGACAUGCCCGCCUGCCCAGGGAUCGAGGAUGCGUUCAGGACAGCGGCCACUGAAGUCAGCCUGCUCGCCGGGACCGACGGGUUCAACGCUACCGAGCUUUUUGGCGUCGACACGGACAGCUGCGAGCGCUGGAUGAACUGCAAGAGCGAGUUCCUGAAGAAGUACCUGCAGAAGGUGACCUCCGACCUGCCGGGCUGCCCCUGCGCCUACCCCACGGAGGUGGCCUACAGCUCGGCCGACAUCCGCGACGCCGCCUCGGGCCGCGACUUCCGCUGGAAGGACGCCAGCGGCCCCAAGGAGCGCCUGGAGAUCUACAAGCCCACGGCGCGCUACUGCAUCCGCUCCGCGCUGACGCUGCGCUCCGCCACGCUGGCCGCGCAGCACUGCUGCUACGACGACGGCAUGCGGCUGGUCACGCGCGGCAAGGGCGCCGGCUCGCCCAACCUCAUCAGCACCGAGUUCUCCGAGGACCUGCACUACAAGGUGGACGUGCUGCCCUGGGUGCUCUGCAAGGGCGACUGGAGCCGCUACCACCGGGCGCGGCCGCCCAACAACGGCGGGAAGUGCGAGGAGAACCCCGCCGACGAGGACUACGACAAGCAGAUGGAGGAGGCCAGGGAGUUCUGAGCGCCGGAGACGAUGAGGAGGGAAGGGAG